UCAAACAGCACAGGCUGUACAGCGACGAAACUACUCUGAUGUAAGGAUCCUGGACCUGAAGACGCGUUUUAGUAAAAAAAAAUUCUUGUUGAUUUCAAAGGCUUUUCAUACAAUUCUAGGAAUCUUGAGGAUUUUCUUCUGAUAAGUUAAGUGCAGCCUGUGAAACAACGCUAGCUAGCAUCAACACAAGGGUCGAAUCAGGGGAAUGGGGCUCAGUGAGCAGGUUAUCAGCUGAUGUACAGCCGUGUCCUCCACUGGAGACACUACCGCUGCUUUUCUACAUAUUAAUGCGCUCACACUUGAUUGUUCUCGGCUGCUACUGUACCGUUAGCCCCCCUGACCGGUCCUCCGUGCCGCUUUGCUUGUGAUGGCGUGGCAGUAGCUCCGUCUUUGUCUGUGUGAGGACUGACAGUGAUGUUCGGAGAACACGGACGUUAAAAGUCACCAAGAGGAACCGGAGGAGGAUAAACAGCCUCCCCAGAGUCCACUGACAGCCGGCUGACCUCUCCUCUUGUCCAGGCGUCCGAGCGGCGAGCAGCAGCUGAACAUGGAAGAUGAGGUAUUCGAGCAGAUCGUGUCCGUGUUCAACGCGCUGGUGUCGUGGGUCGCAGCCGGUGCCAUGGUGUUCGGAGGGGUGGUUCCCUACAUCCCUCAGUACAGAGACAUCCGCCGGACCCAGAAUGCAGAGGGCUUCUCCACCUACGUGUGCCUGGUCCUCCUGGUGGCCAAUAUCCUGAGGAUCCUCUUCAGAUUCGGCCGCUACUUUGAGACUCUGCUGCUGUGGCAGAGCAUCAUCAUGAUCGGCACGAUGCUCAUCAUGCUGAACCUGUGCACCGACGUCCGCAUGGCUGCUGAACUCAACACCAAGAGACGCUCCUUCAUAGCAACAGACAGUAAGGACGAGGAGAUCAGACUCCCUAAGAGGCUCUUUCUGGACUUUGACUGGAACUACUUCUGGUCAUGGAGCCGCUUCAUGGACUACGUGCAGUGCGUGCUGUCCUUCACGCUGGUGGCGGCCUACAUCACCUACCUCCUCCUGGACUCUGCGCUGUUCGUGGAGUCCCUGGGAUUCCUGGCUGUCUUCACAGAAGCAAUGCUGGGCACGCCACAGCUCUACUGCAAUUAUCAGAACAAGUCCACAGAGGGCAUGAGUAUCAAGAUGGUUCUGAUGUGGACCAGCGGCGACACCUUUAAAACAGGCUACUUCUUGCUCACCCAGGCUCCUGUGCAGUUCUGGACUUGUGGCCUGCUGCAGGUCUUCGUGGACAUCACCAUCCUGUUCCAGGUUUACUACUACAGCCGCUACCCCCAGAAACCAGUGUCCCACACCGUCUCCCACACCACCAGUGCCAAAGCCCUCUGAGAGCCUCUUAAAGGUCAUUGUGGACAAAACAGCAGCGAGGGGAAGCACUUAUAGAGGCGCUAUGGAAACGUUUAAACAUACACGAGUACCAAAGCACCUUGACAUGAUGCAGGCUGCUCACCCUCACCUCCCAGUAUACAUGAAGACACAUACACACUCAUAAAUAAGGCAUAAACAUACACAGACACCAAGUGAUGUUGGUGCCUGCAGUGAUACCUGAAGGCCACUUGUCACACACAAACCCUUUUUGUUUUAUUUAUUAUCCUGCUGACUUCUCAAUGCAGUGGAAUGCAUGCGUCUGGGAAUGCAGACUUCUUAAAGAAUAUACUGUCGAAUCAACCUGUGCAUGUGGAGAAUAUUAUGCACAUGAAGUACAUGAAGAUACAGUCGAUACAAACUGCAGAUGUAUGUUCCGAAAUCUGUGCUCAAGGAAACGUGGACCAGCUUUUGCCGUCCACAUACGCUGAUGAAUGUUGCAUGGACCUUCUGCCUUAAUACACACAAAUCCACACAUGGCUUGCUGCAUUACCAGCAAUAUCAAUGUUAAGAAUCAGUCAGAAACUCCGAAUAUACAACAUUACUGAAUGUACAAAAUGGCAUUUGUUGUUUGGCUGUUUUUCCAACACUGUGGAGAAAUGCUGGUCAGUCUACCACUUGUUGGACAGAUGGUCGCCAUGUGCUGAGACACUCAGUCCUGUGGGACGAAACUCACAAAAACAGAUGCAGUCAAAUUACAACAACAGGAGAAAAGUUCCCAAGGUUUGGAGAUGAAAUACAUCGACUUAU